AUGAAUUUUAAUCUUGACGAUCCCCUUGCAGGAAUUUUAAGUGAUGGUAGCGACGACAGUUUCUUUGAUGACGAUAUAAGCAAAAAAAAACCUCCAAAAAGGAGUGAAACUAGCAUAGCAGAUAAGAAAAGUGCUAUCUUUGAUUUAGGUGAUAAAAAAUCACAGAGUAAUCACCCAAAUGAUGAUAAUCUAUUAGGGGAGAAAAAAAAUCCAAAAGAGCCAGUUGUCGAAGAUCAACCAACGACUGAUAAUUUAAAAACAACCAAGUCACCCCAUAAACCAAAAUUCGAUUUAAGCACUGAUAACAUUCUAAAUGAUUUUGGCUUACAGCCAAAGAAAGAUACAGUAAAAAUCUUAGAAAAAGGUAAAAGCUCGCAGUCACUAUUGGAUGACAUACUGGGAAGCUCAAAGAAGACAAGUACACAACAAACCACAAAACCCACUACUGCCGCUAAAAAGCAAUCAUAUGAUUUAGAUUCAUUUUUAGACACGGAAUCACGACCGACUACUUCAACCGCUAAAGUUGCAACACAAAAAUCAACUACAAAAAGUGAAAGCGUAAAAGAAGUAUCUCAAUCAAAGAAAAAGUCCGGUGAUGACUGGCUGGGUAUAUUUCAAGCCAGUGAAAAUAUUAUGGAGGAAGAUGAAGAAGAAGACGAUGUGCCUGCUUGGUUAGGGGGUGGCGGAAGUAAGAAAAAGAAAAAUGUCAAAGAAGCUAUAACAGAAAGUCAUCAAAAGGAAGAGGUACCGAAAGAAAAGCCUAAAACUGAUGUCGAUACUCAAAAAGAAUCAAAUAAUUUAGACCACGUUGUUCAGAACGUGGUAACCAAUAUACCAAGCAUGGAGGUCAAUCAAGAAGAUAUCACUAUGCAAGGGACUGCUCUAUAUUUACAGCAACAAGAGUCUCAAUUGAUGGUAGCAUUGCAGUUAAAAGCUCAAGACGAAAAGUUGGCUGCUAUGCAGAUGCGGCAGAAAGAAAGUCAAAGAGUACAACGCGAAGCUGCUCUUGCGCAACACGAACAACUUGAUGCGAUGCUGCGGAGACAAGCCGAUCACCGGAGACAAAUGCAAACAAUCAUAUCCGCUCAUCAGGAGCGAAUCACUCAGAGGAUUAAGGAUUUGUUAGGUGAAGCUAUAAUCGAUAACAAAGAGACAAAUGUAGAGACAAACGAAUGUGAUGGAGUACAAGGAGUAGAACGUAAAGAUAGUCCAUUCGCAAAAGAAAGAAGACAGCUACUUCAAUUAGUACAGUCCCUUCAAGAGAAUCACGAUAAGGAAAUUGACUUAAUGGAAUCUUCAUACAGACGGCAGCUUGCUUUUCUAGAAGUUUCCUUUAAUCAAUCAGAAGAGAGAAUGAAAGAAGAAAGUGAGAAGUUGGUAAAGUUUUAUUCGGAGAAAAUUGGUUGGGUGGAAGAACAUCAUCAACUGUACAAGAAAAUGUCUGAACAGAAUUUGGAUGGUCUAAUGCAACGACAUAAAGCGGAAAAUGAAAUGCUACGACAGCAACAUUUGGAAAAUAUUAAAAUAUUACAGGAACACCACGCUACAUUAAUGGAAAAUGUUAAGAAUGCAGUUAAACAAGAGCAAGUACUUAUAAAAGAUUCCGCUAGUUUUUCGUUAGAUUUGCAAGAAUUGCUAACGAAAGUUAAAGAUGGUAAUGAAAAGUGUGCUCAGCUGUAUGAUAAAGUAGAAAAAUUGUCCCAAAAUACUCAAAAGGAUUCUGAACGAAGUUUGCAGAUAAGAGAGAUCCAGAUUUCAGAUAUGAUUCAGCAAUUGAAGACAGAGCGAGAGAAUUUUGAAAAAGAGAAAGCGGAUAGUAAGGAGAUGGUGAACAUGUUGGAAGCAAGGUUGAAACAAAUGACAGCGAUGAUUGAAGAAGAGUCAGCGUCGUUGCGACAAAAGAAAAUGGAGUUUGAAUUCGAAAAAGCUACUUUCAGCAAACAAACUGAAUUUGCUAAAAACGUACUUAAGAAACAGGAUGAAGAAAUAAAGAUGAUGAAAGACGAUAUACAAAAGGAGUAUCAAGAGAAAAUAUCGAGACUCGAAGCAGAGAAGGCGACAUCGUUAAAAGAUAGUGUGUUAAUUGCCAAAGAAAAAACUUCCAUACAAACAUUAAAAAUGGAAGUGGAGAAAAUGAAAGCUGAACUUCAGGCACAAAUAGAAGAAGUGACAGAUGAAAGAUCCAAAUUGAGUUCACAAAAACAAGAGUUACAAAUAGAGGAGCAAAGAGUAUUAUCAAAGAGUAGAGAUUUAGACCUACUUGCUAAAACAGCUAUGGAGAAGCAAUCUCAAGCGGACAAAAAGUAUUCCGAAGCAGAGUUCCUUCAGCGAAAGUACGAAGACAGGAUACGAAGAGUACAAGAACAUGUCGUUUCUUUAAAUGCAAGAGAAAAGCAAAUAGCCAAGGAAAAAGUAGCUCUAUCGAGAGAAAGACUCGCCUUGCAUAAUGAGAGGAAGGAAAUAGAGGGUAGACAGCAAUGUUCUUUGUGCAGAACUUCUCAAUACACGGAGGCGUAUGUACCCUCGUAUCUGCCUGUGUCGAGGGAUUUUGUAAAUUUGAACGUUCCCCAUAAUGUUCUAGAGGCGGAAAUGGCUCAGUUGAUGGGGAGAGCCCGACAGGAUGUAAGUUUUAACGCUGGAGAUGAAGUUCCUCAACAAAUUGGUACUUUUAAGGACUACAUGGACCCCAAGUUAAUGAUGUUGCGUUUAGAUGUCCAACAAGUUAUUGGUAAUUUAGAACAAAACAAGAGGGAUGAAACUGAACAAAAUGAUUAACAUUUAAUACAGAAUGGCGACUUUUGUAUUCUAGAGGUUUUAAGAGAAAAUAAAAGACUGAACUUAUGUA